ACAAAACUCCAUUUACAGACACAAAACCCACAAAUAAUACACAUAUACCAACAACAUGACUAAGCUCAUCCUUAUCGUCGCCGCACAAAUCCUCAUCUUCGCUGCCGUUGCUUCCGCCGGAGACUUGGGAAGAACCAUGAACGGGAAACACCUUGGCCCUUACAAAAAGGAGAAACUCACUCACCUCCGAGUUUAUUGGCACGACUCCGUAAACGGUAGAAACCCUAGCUCCGUCAUGAUCCAACAGCCGGUCUUGAACUCAUCUUCCUUAUUCGGAGCGAUCACCAUGAUGGACGAUCCACUGACAUUAGAUGUGCCAAGUAAUUCAACUGUGGUGGGCCAAGCCCAAGGGAUGUACGCAGCAGCAGCCCAAGGAGAGAUUGGCUUCUUGAUGGUGAUGAACUUUGCUUUCACUACAGGGAAGUACAACGGGAGUACGAUCACGAUUCUUGGCCGGAACGUGGUGAUGUCGAAGGUUAGAGAAAUGCCAGUGGUCGGAGGCAGUGGAAUCUUUCGGUUUGCUAGAGGUUACGUGGAGGCUCGCACCAAGUCGUUCGAUCCCAAAGCCGGUGUUGCCAUUGUCGAGUAUAAUUGUUAUAUCUUGCAUUACUGAUAUAACUAAGUUUGGCAUGUUCAUAUGAUUUUAUUACUUAUGUAACCUUUGCAUUUUGCGAAUGCGUUUGUUUGUUAUGUCUUGUUCUGUGGUGUGAUUGUUAUGAGAGUCAGAGAGUGUUAUUGUCUUUUCCCAAAUCUAAUAACGUAUUUUCUAUUGU